CACAUACUUUAGCAUUUACGCAGUUUAUUGUUCAGACGAAAUUGGACUAAAUUUUUUGACUGUUAGAUAAUUUACCGGUGCAUUACUUUAAAUUUGUGAACAGCGCAACUUUAAAUGUGUAAGAUCAAUUGCAAAGUAAUAAAAAACAGACAGGGUCAAUAAAACUUCAAAACUUUGUUUAAAAAGGCAAUAUGGUCGGCACUAUGCAAAUACGUUCAUUUUAUUUAUUAGUAUUUGGAUUUAUAUACAGUGACUCGUUUAAUACAGACACAGUAUUGAAAAACUGCAGGAGAAUAGGCUCAGAACUAAUUUGUAAUGUAAUUCCAAGCAAUGUUCCAAACGAGGUGAAGUCAGUUCACCUUAUUAAUUUUAAUGUCUCUGGUAGAAUCAUAGAAAAGGGAACGUUUUCAUCGGAUAACUGGGGACAGGUGAAAGAAUUAAAAAUUUCUGCAGAAAGAAGGUGGACUGAAAACCAUGAUACUGUGGAAAAAUUCGAUUCCUUAUGCUUUGAUGGAUUAAAGAACCUUGAAAAAUUGCACAUAAGUAUAUCAACUUAUAUUGAGUUUACAUCACAUACGCUAAUAGGACUCCCUAAUUUAAAACUUCUGGAUUUGUCAGGUUGUCGCCGAUUUUCUAUCGAUAACCUAAUAACUGCUUUGAACGACCCGGACGCUGUACCUAACUUACAGAGUCUUAAUCUAUCACUCUUAGAUAGCUUUCGUAAUGAAAACAAACUCGGUGACAAAUUUUUCAAACUUAUUUCAAAGAAAAAGUUAAAAGAACUUGAUAUUAGCUCGAUGCAAAUUUUAUUCCUGAAUAUAUCAGCAUUUGGAGAAAACUGUGGGACGUUGGAGUAUCUCAACAUAUCAAAAAUGAUGCUUAAUGAUUUUGCACAUGACCAUAAAAUCCGAUAUUGCCCUAAUCUGAAAUUUAUAGAUGCAAGUUAUAUAAUAUUACCAUCAGCGGUCAUACCAGAACGUGGACCUCAGAGAAAUAUUUUUUCCAACAGAUUCAUUCCAUUUAACCUUAAUUGGACACCGGAAAGGGGAUUUUCUAAUGUGGAAUAUAUCAAUUUGUCCGGAUUAACACCAAAACAUACCAGAUACAUAAUUGACAACGUUACGGUCUAUAUUUUUGGACUAAGUGAAUACAAUCUUAAAACACUCGUGUUAAGAGAGAACAAUUUCGAGAGGCUGAAUAUUGAAGUUAUCUCUCGAAAUUCAAAAUUACAAUCAGUUGAUUUGUCUAGAUGCAACAUCCGCUUCCUUCAUCCAAGGUUACUGUCCAGUUUUCCUUUACUGACACGUAUUGACAUAUCACAUAAUCGCUUGAAUGAAAUGAUGACCGAGGAUAUCCGUGUUUUUGGUAAUAUGUUCCGCAAUUUAACAAUGUUAAGUUACGUUAAUUUGGCCAGCAAUCAUCUUACUAACUUGCCACGGGACAUUUUUAAAUGUAAUUCCAAUUUAGAGGUAAUUGAUUUAUCGAGCAAUUUGCUAACUCAAGUGUCAUUUGACGUAGAAAUCAUUAACAAAAUUAAAAUGAUAAAUUUGGCAAAGAAUAUGAUAAGAAUUUUAAAUGAUGCUUCCAUGGCGAGACUUAAUAUAUUGCUAUAUACAUCAACGAAAAAUGUGCUAAUGAUGAAUGAAAAUCCAAUCAGUUGUUCAAGUUGUGAUUGCCUAUCCUCUUUAACUUGGCUCAUUCAUUCAGAAUCAGCUAUCAAAGAUUUCUCUGUGAUGAAAUGUCUAGAUGAGGACGCAAACAAGGUUGACAUUACACAAAAUGUUAUAAACAAUGUUCAAAUAAUUUGCAACAGGCCAAAGGUUAUAAUAUUUUCAUGUGUUGCUGUUGCAAUUGCAAUUGCAAUAGCGUUUAGUUUGACAAUGGUAAUACGAUCCCGUCGGCGGCGUCGGAAACAUGAUCUUGAAAUGGAAGACCGUGUUGCACUCAUAAGACAAGGUGCUGAAGCGCAUCAGUUCGUAGUAUUUCUAUCAUAUAGCAGUAAAGAUGACGAUUUUGUUUAUAAGUACGUUUACGACCCUCUAAACGAACACCUUCGAAACAUGAUUGGAGAAAACAGAGAUCUCGUUUGUGAAGGGGACCGGGAUUUUCAACUCGGGCGACCAAUACACGAUCAAAUUUCACUUCUUUUGAAAAAGUCUUCUGUCGUUGUAAUACUACUAACAGACAAUUACAGUCUUAGUGUUCACUGUCGUAAUGAGUUUGACCAAGCAUUUAUGCUAGAGAAGCCCAUAGUGUUGAUGAUUAAAGAUGAAGUAGAUGCUGACCUAAUGUCACCUCUAAUACGGGAUUUGUACGAAAAAAGAACCAGAGUUUUGUGGAAGUGGGAAAAUGGGCGAUAUAUUUUAAAAACCUCUUGGGAAAACGUGUGUACAUCUAUAGUUGAGCUUGUGGACAGUAAGUAAGGCGUGCAAUAUUGUAUGAAUAACAAGACAAAAUAACAAACACAAACAGCUUUUAAAUGUUUGGAAAUAGAUAAACGUCGUACUUCAUUGUUUUAUCAACAUAUGUGUCUGAAACACAGCUAUGAAUAAGAAUAGUGUUUUCACAUCGCGUUUAUUGUAUUUCAGUAAAUAAUGAAUAAAAAUGUAAUUGAAUAAUAAAGUUAAAUUGUCACAAUUUGUCCAAAGACUUUGUAAAGUAGGGAACUAUUUCAAACUAGAGAAUUUCACACAUGAAUUGAUAAUAUGCUGUAUAUUCCAUUAUAGUAUAUAAUAAAAAAAAUAGAGCGGCGGAAAAUAGAAAAUGUAUAACGCGGAUAUUCUAAUACAUAAUAAAAAAAUUUAUUUGAUAUCAGUUGUGUUACCAAAAUCCAUGUUAUGUCAGAAUACGCAUACUUCUGUAUAUAAUAUUUUUCUUGUAUAUGGAUUAGACGAAAUUGUGUAUUUUCAAGAUCAAAAAGUGUUUUACUGACGUUUUAAGUUUUGAAAAAUGAGCGAAUAUGUAACUACAAAAUAUGCAGAUGAUUUGUGGUAAUGGGGCUAAUAUAAACCAAAGAUAAUGUGGCAAAACUAAUAAACUUUUUCAUUGUUAAACUCUUUUAUGGUUGUAAUUUGAAAAACAACAUUUUCGCCUGAAAUUUUCCGAAAAAUUUCACAGAAGUACAUGGCUUGAAACGUUUUAGUUUUUCUUGCUGACGAACCCGGAUAUAUAUCACCGUAAAAAGAUUUCGAAACAUAUUUAUAUAAAUUAUUAUUUAUAAUACUAAACUAUGGAUGUCCAAAUAUAUAUAUAAUGCAAAUAUUUUAUGUGCAUUUCGUCCGCCCUAAGUCUUAUGCUUUACUUUAUUAUUAUUUUAUAUUGAUGAUUCAUUGUUUACUGGAAAGUUUGACCUAGUUUUGAGACAUCAUGUAUAUCAUUAAAGUUUGUAUAAUAUAUAAAAAGGAAAAGGUGAUGAGUUUGUUUAUUAUAGUGUCCCCCUACUGA